GAUGUUCAAAAGCGAGAAGCGUCUUUCUGCGUCCACGACGGAGGAGGAAAAAGUCCGCAAACUGAUUUGCGUUUACGACUGCCGCAAGAAAAAAGAAGAGGUUACACCGACAUGGCUGGAAACAAGUGGUUUGGACUUCAACGGCUUUCUUCGGAAUUUGCACCAGGAAUUUUCAAUCCCUUCACAUGAAACAUUUGUGUUGUCUACAACUGACAGAAAAUCCCUGGAUUUUGACAAAUUUGCGGAGCUUGAGAAUGAAAGCACCGUGUAUUUGUUGAAGACGGAGGAUCAAGCUCUGCCAGUGGCGACCCAGGAGCUCAUCAGAUUCACGCCUCACUAUAACACAUUGGUCGAGAGUGGCAAGCAUGAGUACAGCACUUGUGAGGGCAAGAAGCCAUUUCCAUAUGCACUUGCUGAGCUGGUUGACAAUGCUCUUUCAGCCACUGUAAAAAACAAAGGUCCCAGGACAAUAGAGAUCCGGAUGCUCUUGGAUGAAACUGCUGGAAAACCUGCAGUGAUUGUUUUGGAUAACGGGUGUGGGAUGUCCCGAGAGGAUCUCAAUAACUGGGCAAAGUACAGAUUUUCCAAAUUCAAAAGGAAAAAUGAUGCAACUGGAAGUGAAGGCUAUGUUCGGUCUGAUCCUGUCCCUCGAAGUCUCAACAGUGACAUAUCCUACUUUGGGGUUGGAGGAAAGCAUUCUGCCUUCUACAUUGGAGAAUCAAUCAGGAUGAUCAGUAGAAAAAGAGGCUCCCCAGAUGUUCAUGAGCUGAUUCUAUCCAAAGAAGAUUUUGAGAAGAAAGAAAAGAACAAAGAAGAUGUCUUCAGCACGUUCCUCAGAAACAGACAGCCCGGCAACUUUAAACAUGUGUUAAAAGAUGACGAGCGUUUCCUCCAUGACCUCAUUCGUGAAGAAAAGACUAAAGAAAGCUUUACAGCUGUGGUCAUCACCGAAGUCCAACCCGAGCAUAUAACCUUUAUGAAAGAGAGAUUUAAAAUGCUGACCAGACAGCUAGCUCACAUAUACCACUAUUACAUCCACGGAUUCAAUGGAAAUGACAUGAGAAGCAGCUCUACAAAGCAGGAUCAGUCUCAAAAAGUAGACAUUCAGGUCACUUUGCUGGAGAAAUCCAACAGACUCCCCAGUGUGAUGAAUCUUAGAGAGGUUGAAGAUGACAUGCAGACCCUGUACAUAAACAGAGCUGUGGACACCUUUGAGUUCAGGGCCUCCACUCCAGACGACAGAGGCAAAGUGGAGGGACUCAUUCGAUAUCAUCCCUUCCUCUAUGACCGGGAGACUUACCCUCAAGACCCUGAUGCCAAUCAAGACUCUCAAGACGAUGAUGAUGAGGGUAAUGACGACAUCGAGUCUGAAGUCGUACAUCGGGCAAGACAGAAAAGGCCGAUAUUCGAUUGUUUCUGGAAUGGACGACUCAUACCAAAAAAUGGAGACUUUCAGUUUGAGUGGUGCACUCCUUCCAAAGGAGCUAAGUUGCCUGCAGAGUGUUACAAUCGUUUUUCUGGGGUGCUUUUCACAGACGACUAUUUCAGGGUUGCCACAAGCAAGCUCUACUUUGUGGACCUGGAGCUGAUACUGAAAAACAAAGAUAUUAUCUUCACCCGUGUUGUUAAUGAAAAGAACCAGAGAGUCAACAUUCAGAGGGAGUUCACGCUAUGGCUUCAAAACUGUCAUGAGAAGCACGACAAGCAGAUCAAGUUCAUGGGCUACAAGGACACCAUCACACGACCAGAUGUGCCUACAAAGAAAAAGCAGCACCCCUGGGAGACGUUUACCUCCAUCGAAUGGGAUGGGAAAAUCUACAGCAAAGGCCAACUUGUGAGGUCUCAGAGAACACAGCCCAUUUAUUAUGGCACCAUAGUUCAGUUUUUGCGGUAUGGAAUUACAGAAAAAAAUGACGGAAGUGUCUUUGCCACAGGAGGAGAGGUUGAAUUGGCUCUGGAACCAAAGGCAUUUCACGACAAGACCAAGAUCAUCGCCAUUUCCAAGAUCGACAGGACGGCCACUGACGAAGCCAUCAAGAAACACAUUGAAAAUGACGCUGCAAAGCUUCCAGAUAAACUCAGAGUGGAGUGGCCUGAAAAUAACCCCUGGUCACAGAAUUCUGUUUAUCCAGCUGGGACCCCAUUAGGACCUCUCAAAGUUCAUGUUCUGGACAAGAAUGAAGAGUCAGUGGGCAGGAUGCCAACAGUGGAAAGAGGACCUGGGAAAAAACUGAGUAUUGAGCUCAAAAUAGUCCACCAUGGUUCUGAACACCCUGAGGAGAUUGCAUGUUUUGUUGCCAGACACAGUGCACAGUGGGCUUUCUGGUUCAAGAAACUUGAGGGACUGACAAAACUGGGGAAGUAUACACUGACUCUGAAAACUACUAUACAAGAAAAUGAAACAGUGUUUGGAGGAAGAGAACUCCCAAGCUACAAAUUCAAUUUCAGCAUUAAAGAGGGAAGUGCUCACCAUUUUGUUAUCAGUGAAUCAGUAAACGCCACCGUUCAUGUAGGAGUGCCAUUCAUCAUUCCUCUGCAGAUCAAAGAUGCCUUUAAUCACCCAGUCACUCCUCCUCGGGAUCUUGAGCCUGAACUCAAGUGCAGUGAGCUGGAGCUGAGUUACGAGAAAGUGGACACCCGUGGGACCACCUUCAACAUCAGAGGUGUCAAAGCAAUAGGAAAGGUUCAGAAUUACCAACAUUCAAAGACAUACGAUCUAAAAGUCAUCCUGCCUGGCCUGACAGAAAAAACACAGAGUUUCAAAAUCGGUCUUCUUCCAGGCAAUCCUCAUUCUCUCCAUGUGAAGCCAGAAGAUGAACCAAUCACAGUUGAGAAUGGACUCACUGUCAAGUUUGAUCUGGAAGUUCAUGAUGAGGCAGGAAAUGUCACAGCUAACCCAAAGCAGAUCGUUCACUGCCUGAUUCCUGAUCUUCCAUUGACGGCCACUGACUGCAGUAGCACAGGAUUAGGGCAGCUUGAGACCAAGCCCAUAAACGUGACAAUGAUCAAUGGAGAACCACAGACAUUCAAAGCUACAUUUGAGAUGCCUAGUAAGAAAAACGUUGCAGCGGUGGUGCGGGAGGUAAAGGUGGUUCCCAGCAGAAGAGUCUCGAGGAUGGAGCUCUGCAGUGAGGAUGAUGAGAAGCUGGUGCUGAGGAACAAGGAAAAGAUCGAGUGGUUGGCUGGGAGCACGUUGGGGGACUUGUUCUACAAACUGUAUGACGAGGCGGGUAGGGAAGUACCGCUUUCUGCAGAAAUAGCUGCGAAGAUCAAGGUUACCUGGACAGGAGAUGUAACUGAAGAUCUGGCAAAAGGGAAGUUGCCUGACAUACAGGUGCCCACACAGGCCAACAGAGAACAGUUCUACCAGGUGUCCUACCAAGACCAGAGUGUGUCCUUCUCCUUUUUCAUCAUACCUCGCCCAGAUGAACCAUCACGCUUGAAAGCAACUCUAGUCCAAAACACAGUAAAGCUGGGUGAAACUCUGCCUGGAAACGUCACCUUGGAGCUUAUGGACCAAUAUGAAAAUGUCACCUCCACGCUUACCUCCACCUGUGUAGAAGACAUAUUGGUGGAAGCAGACGGUUUGGACAAAACAUCAAUCAACUUUAUACAAGAGGAGAGCACCAGCUCGGUUAUUGUUACGGGAGUCAAGUUUGAGUCUGGCGCUCUUGGUUCCAGAGAGCUGUGCUUCACCUACAAGAGUUUUGUUGCGCGAGUCAUCAUCAAAGUGACGGCUGGAGUCCCUGCAGAGCUGAAACUAAUCAGUGGGCCUGAAACACCUUUGCAGGUGCUGAAUGAUCAUAGCAUCCAAACACCAUUCAUUAUCCAGCUGUGUGACAAAUGGGGGAACCCUUCUUCAGACCAGAGGGUCGUGGUAGAACUGAGGCCUUCACCUGCAACACUCAAGGUGAUGGCAGCUGUUGCAUCACAGCCAGUGAACGCAGAAGGAAAAGCCUCGUUCACUGUGAAUAGAGUGAGUGGACCAAAGGGGUACUAUCAGCUGGAGUUUAUUGGUUCCUUCAACAACAAACCCAUCCCUGGUCCAUCAGUCAUUCUUACCGUCAACUCUGAUCCCAACAAACCCGUCAGUCUGUCAGUGCAGUAUGAUACCUCCGCCAAGUUUCCUGCUGGAGGCAAAUUCCCAGUUUUCUCUGUGACUGUGGAGUCCGAAGAAGGAAGUCCGAUUACGACUUACAGCCCUGCCAAUGUGUCCAUGCUGCUGUGGGAGGGAGCAUCUUCAGGAGAGAUACCUCCACAAAUGGCCACCGAGCUGAAGUGUAGCAAGCCAAUGGAGAAUGACAGGAAAGACUGUUUCCACUUCAGAGAUAAAGAGAUACCAGAACAUGCUGGGAAGUACAUGAUUCAGUUUUCUCUCCGUAUAAGCAAAGCUAAACUGAUGUGGAGUUCUCAGAUUCCGAUCAAUGUGGAGGCCGAUAAACCUGUCAAACUGGGUCCCAACUCAGAGCCACCAACCCCAGUGGUUUCCUACAGUAAAGACAUUUCCAAUCGCACCUUAGUGGAGAAUAUGACUCUUGUGAUAAUGGAUUCACAUGGAAACCCAGCAGGCCAGGACCUAAAAGGAAAGGUGCUUGUUUCUAUCAGGAACUCCAGUGAAGAGAUAAACAGAAACCUCCCUCUGUUUCAAGACAAAAGCAGCAGCUAUGAGAUUGAUUUGGUCAAAGGAAAGGCCCACAUUGAUAGGCUGACCAUCAUGGAGAACAGUCCAGGUGAAAACGGCAGUUCGUACAUCCUGCUCUUCCAACCUGAAGUUUUUAUGGUUCCUCUGGAGUCUUUCAAGCUCCCCUUCCAUUUUUACAAUGAUACGGAGCACCAAAGAAAAAUGUUCGAGCUGACCAAGAGGAAACAAAAACUCCUCAGUGAAAUAGCUGCAUAUAAACAAGUCCUUCUCUCAAAAGAUGAACUUUAUGAAGCAUUUAAUCGUACACUCAUAAAUGCAAAUGGCAAAGAGGAGUUACUGCGACAAAUGCUGGUCAGCUCGAACGUGAUAUCAGGACACAGUGUUUCCUUUCAAGGUAUUGACAGGCUGAUCCAAGAGAAGACCACCGAAAUCAACAGGAUUCGAGAGACACCCAGGAGAGUCUUCCCCUGCCGUAAUGAGUACAGGGAGCAGCCAGACGUUUUGGGAAUGGUUGGUCACCUGGCCCUUGUGAUGGAUGACGCUGCUGCAAAUGUUAUCUCCUGGCACAUCAGAGGCGACAUGAAAUGUGUCAUUACUCAAACCACGGAGGCAGCUACCAGGAUCUAUGAGCUUACCAGUGGAAGGCAGGAGGUUAUGGCCCUUGAGAGUGUGUUUGUGUCCCAAGACAACAGUUUGCUGCCACACAUGAGACACGGCCGCCCGCUCUUUCAGCCCCGUGGGAACCCGGUGUUCGCCAGAGAACUCCUCAUUUACCCCAAGGACCAAGACUGUGGGAGCUGUGAAAAAGUGUUCAAAAACAUCCUUGGAAAUACUAUUUUGAUUGACGACCUGGCGUCUGGAAACUACUACAGAAAGAUGGUGGUGCAGUCAAGGGCACCGUGUCCUACCAUCCUGACAAGAGAGGGGGACAGGAUAAGUGCUAAGGGCAAGUUUGGAGGUGCACAAAACAAAGCCCCCCCAGUCAAUCAGCUAAUGUUUGGAGCCCCCCUCCCACCGCAAUGUGACGUCCUGGAAGCACAAAUAGAUCUGCUCCGUCCUUACCGAGAUGCUCUGAAGAAAAAGAAUGAAGCAACAAAGGACUUCAAUGACCACCUGGAGUCCAUGAACUCCAGUGACACGCUGCAACAGAAACAAGAACUGGAGGAGAAAAACAGACAGCUUAAGGAGAUCGAGGGACAAAUGGUGAGACAAGCGAAACGCCCUGGGGAUGCUGGUGAGCCAUCAGGCAUUGACAGGAAGAGAGCAAGGCCAACCAUGUAGUUGGCAGAUACGCCUAAAGGGAUUUUUAUAUAUUUGAGCCUUUGGUUUUUUUUAUUUUCUAUCGUGUUAAAUGUGUUCUCUUAAAAUUUUUACUCUUCAGUCUGGUGAAAAAGUUUUGAGUUUCCAUCUGUUAUUGUACCUUAAAAUAUGUCUGGAAUAUAUCAAUUUAAGAAAGCCAAAUUCACUACAAAACUGUGUCUGUGUCCUUAU